GGCGGCCGGGGCCGGAUAGACGGGACCGCCCCCUCCUCGGAUACCAGCUGAGGCCGCGGGUUUGCUUCCAAGCAUGCCCUUUCAGAAGCACGUCUACUACCCGCUGGCCAGCGGCCUGGGAGGACCCGACGCCCCCGCAGCAGCUGCCGCGGCGGGAGCGGCCACGAUGGCCUGUGGCCCCCCCAGCGUGGCGUCGGUCCCCCUGCCCUUCUUCCAGUUCCGGCCGCGGCUGGAGAGCGUCGACUGGCGGCGGCUGAGCGCCAUCGACGUGGACAAGGUGGCGGGCGCCGUGGACGUGCUCACGCUGCAGGAGAACAUCAUGAACAUCACCUUCUGCAAGCUGGAGGACGAGAAGUGCCCGCACUGCCAGUCGGGGGUGGAUCCGGUGCUGCUGAAGCUCAUCCGCCUGGCGCAGCUCACCAUCGAGUACCUGCUGCACUCGCAGGAGUUCCUCACCUCGCAGCUGCACCACCUGGAAGAGCGGCUGCGCCUGAGCCUGGCCGAUGGCGAGCAGAGCAGGAAGCUCCUCACCAAGCAGGCCGGCGAGAUCAAGUUACUCAAGGAAGAGUGUAAACGCAGGAAAAAGAUAAUCUCGACCCAGCAGCUGAUGAUCGAGACCAAAGCCAGCUAUUACCAGUGCCAUUUUUGUGAUAAGGCCUUUAUGAACCAAGCUUUUCUACAAAGUCACAUUCAGCGCCGCCACCCUGAAGAUUCUCAGCUUGAGUGUAAGAAAAAGGCACAGACUGAUAAGCUCCAGAGUGAGAUUGACAUGCUGAAGGAGCAGCUGCAGCUCACCAAGUCUCAGCUGGAGGCUGCACAGCACGCCCACGCUGUCAGGUUCUCUAAGGAAUAUGAAAUGCAGAAAACAAAAGAGGAAGAAUUUCUGAAGUUAUUUGAUAGAUGGAAAGAAGAAGAAAAGGAGAAACUAGUUGAUGAAAUGGAAAAAGUCAAGGAAAUGUUUAUGAAGGAGUUUAAAGAAUUGACCUCCAAGAAUUCAGCAUUAGAAUAUCAAUUGUCAGAAAUCCAGAAGUCCAACAUGCAGAUCAAGUCCAAUAUUGGCACGUUAAAAGACGCACGUGAGUUUAAAGAAGAACGUCCUCAGUAUCCCCAGGAUUUCCAGAAUGUGAUGCAACUUCUUGAUAGUCAGGAAAGCAAGUGGACCGCCCGAGUUCAAGCUCUUCACCAAGAACACAAGAAAGAGAAGGGUCGGCUCUUGUCACAUAUAGAGAAACUUCGAACCUCCAUGAUAGAUGAUCUAAAUGCAAGUAAUGUUUUCUACAAGAAAAGGAUAGAAGAUCUAGGGCAGAGACUCCAGGAACAGAAUGAACUGAUUAUCACGCAGAGACAACAGAUUAAAGAGUUUACCAGUAGACCAUUAAACACUGUCAGUGAACCCAAAGGGAAUCCUUUAACCUGGCAAACAUUCGAAUCUAAGCCAACUGCCCCAGCUGUAUCUAUGACUGCCUCAGCCCCACAGACUUUGGAUGCUAAAUCAAGUCUAACAAUGGCACACGAACAGGCAUUCCCAUCGCACAUACUGGAACCAAUAGAAGAGCUUUCAGAGGAAGAAAAAGGAAGGGAGAAUGAACAGAAAUUAAAUAACCACAAGAUACAUUUAAGGAAAGUUUUGAAGGGUAACCCCUCCCUCAAUAAGGAAAUCAGAAACGUGUUGGAGCAGAGUUUGCUGGAGAAACUGGAAACCUUGGGGAUUAAUGCGGAUAUACGUGGUAUUUCAAGUGAUCACUUCAGUAGAGUGCUAAGAACUGUGGAAUCAGCAAGACAUGAGCGAGAAAGACAAAUACCUAACAUUCAGCAAAUUCGAGAAUUCCUCGAACGUGAGGUCAGCUGUAAAAUCGAGGAGAGAAACUUACUGUCCUCAGAUAAGUAUGGUGCUUCUCAAAUGGAUACCCUCUCAACUGGAGAAAUACCCAAGGCAGUGCAACUUCCUCCCAAAAGCAGACAACUGAUUAGGCAAAGACCUGUUUUCACUGAUAGGACAUCUGUUCCCAAAAUUAAGAAAAAUAUCACAGAAGAUCAUUUUCCCAAAAAGUCUUCAACUCUUACGACGCCGCCCUUCAGUUCAGAGGAAGAGUUGGAUGGUGAGGACCUCAUCCAGGCAUGCGCAUCCCCAGACUUACUUCUCGUGCAGUCAUCCAAAAGCAACAAGAGUAGCUUUGGAAAGAACACUGUCAAAAGUGACACUGACUGGACCGAGGGUAGUGAAAUCGAGGACUCCGAUGUUUCUCCCAAGCCCACAGGAACCUCCAUUAAAACGCUGACCGAAAAAGUUGAAAAGACAGUUUCAAAUCACGGAAGUGUGAACAAGCCAUUUGGUGGGAUUAAUGUUGCUGAGGCAUUCAUCAAGAAAGAAUUGAAAGAAGACCUGAAGUGCACAGAGGUGGAUGAUGAAGACUGGGACAUAUCAUCCUUAGAGGAAGAAAAAUCUUUAGGGGAAAAAACUGGGCAAGAACAGAAGGAACCUCUACCUUGAAGAAUGAGCCAAUUCUACUCAAGUGCCAAAUGCCUGGGUUGCAUCUAAUCUCCAGGGGCCAAAGGGAGAGG